UGUGGCUAGGGCGAAAACGGGCGUGGUCGAGGCGCGGGGGGCGUGUCCCGCGGCGCGAUGGAGGCGCUGUACUUCGCGUACGGCAGCAACCUGCUGCGGGAGCGCCUGCUGCUCGGCACCGCCGCCGCGCCCUGCGGCACCGCGCGGCUGCAGGAUUUUAAGCUCGAUUUUGGCCAUCAUCAAGGCAGGACAAGUCCCGUCUGGCAUGGAGGUACAGCUACCAUUGUUCAGAGCCCUGGAGACGAAGUAUGGGGAGUGGUGUGGAAAAUGAACACUAGCAAUUUAAGUUCACUGGAUAAGCAAGAGGGAGUUGAAGAUGGCAUUUAUGUCCCAAUAGAAGUUAACGUCCACACUCAAGCAGGAAAGGUUCUGACCUGUCGAAGCUACCAGAUGAAGGACUAUGUCCGUGGUCCCCCUUCUCCCCAGUAUAAAAAGGUUAUCUGCAUGGGUGCAAAACAGAACGGCUUGCCAACUGAGUAUCAAAAGAAAUUAGAAGCUAUUGAAACCAAUAACUAUGCAGGACCAGUGCCAAUCUUUGAAGAAAUUGAAGCUGCUGUUAAAGCAAGUAAAACAAAUUUUGCAUAGAAUAACUCUGCACUUGCUUGGCCAUUCACCUUGAUUUAGAUCCUUCUCCUCACUGUGCUGAUCAGCGAUUUCUUUAUUUAUCAAGAAAAGAUGAGUUUGCUGUGCAUCUACAGUAAGCUGUUAGACAUAAUUUGCCAUCUGAAGACAAACUGACAUUGAUAACAUCUUCACUUUGUACGUAUAGCUUAAGUACAUGCUGAAGCUUUUGCAUAUUUGUAAAUUAUCUUUCUGUAACUCUCAUGGAGCUCCGCACACAAACUUAUGCUACGUGUCCUGUUUACAGACUUUUUUAAAAGAAAAAGGCCAUCUUCAUAGGUUUUGGCAUCUGUUACCUUCUAAGGAAUAAGGGCUGCAGGAUCAGGCCCUUUGUUCUUAAGUUACCAAGAAUUUCAGACUUACUAGAGUGUAAGGUAGACUCAACUCUAAAGCAAUACUAAACUUUUUUCUUUGCUGCUGCUUGUAACGGUCUUAAAGCCCAACCCGUCUGAAGCUGUGGAGUUCCCAUUUACAUAGUUAAAAAUAUUCCUCUUCUAUUAACUAUCUCCAUGUUUUGAAGUGUUAGCCUGAAAGGCAGCUCACACCUGAAGACUGCAUUCAGUAAAGAAUUUUAUUCAGAGUAGAACAGCCUCCCUCUUUCUAUGUCUAAUAAUCAACAUAGGUGAACUAGUUAAAUACAACCAACAGAUUUUAAAGAAAUCAUUUUAGAUAUUUGAGGUUUUAAAAAUUACUUUAACUGUCUUGUUACUUAUCUAGGACUUGGUCUAAAGUCCAGAGGAAUCAGCAAGACUUAUGUGAAUUCAUCUUAGCACGUGUCAUGGUUUUGUCUGUUAAAUCACAGAUUAACAGACUUUGCCUUUUUUUCCACAGCUGUGACAAUUUCCUACAAAACUGGAAGCACUUGUAAGGUUUACAGUACUUAACCAAUCUUUAUGGUACUUGGCAACCCCUAUAGUUAGUCUUAGGGGACAGGGAAAAACAGGCAACCUGGAAGAUGUGAAACAACUGAACCUUGUCUUAUUUUCUGUACUGUAAGAUAUACUCAGUGUCACUGUGUGACUGCUUAGAUGGAGAAAUGAAAAAAUAACAAACUUACCAUGUCUUCUCUGCUUAUUCUGUUUUCUGUAAACUUCUGCCAGGGGUGUAUAGUUGCUGUCCUGAUGUCAUAUGACUGUUCCUGGAGUUGGGCACCACAACUCCAGAGAAAAACAUGAUACUUUCUGUAUUAACACUGUCUGGUCUGAGAUUGGAGUAAAUAAAAUUGCAAUUACCAAA